GUGAAUGAACAACCGCUGCUGUAUGUCCCCCAAUACAGAUCUGUCCUUACCCUACAGGCUGCUGAAGGAGGAAAUGUUCUUCACUUUUGUACAAAACAUGCUUUGGUCAGAAUGAAACGACUGUGGACUAGACCGUCAAAGAUCUGCUGUUUUUGUAGUUUCUUUUUUAGGUUUUACCUUUAGCAGUAACACUUUGAUUGUACCUUGUUUCCUAGGCCAACUCAGAACAAUAGGAAUGGGUCUCAUUGUGUGGAUCUUUGACUGGAUGGGCUUUAUAGGUCAUUUCAUGUGGGAAGCUGGGCAUUAUUGCUUGAAUGUGUUUAUAUUGGUAUCGAUCUUGACACUUUUAACAGGAUACCUGUAUACACAUAUCAGGGAAAACAAUUCAGAUGGACAGAUGGGGGUCACAUCUCCCCCUGAACAUCAAAUCAACAGUCCAACAGAAAGUGACUAUAGUACAGCGUGUGAGAAAAAGACCCAACGUGACUCGGUCACAUUCAAAGAGACUUUGGCCAUAGCGGUCACAAAUUGUCCUGAUGGAGGAGAUGCUGUCCGUCGCAUGAAGGUGGUAGAGCUGUCUGUUCAAGACAAAGACAGUGGGCCUUUAAACAGAAGAAACCAGAGCAAUACAAGCCGUGCCAGUGAUCAGCCAUUCAUAAGUGCUGAUGAAGAUCUGUACUGUGAUCUGGAUGACAUAGAGCUGGACAGUAAUCUGUAUCAUCAGCCAUCGCUAUACACGGAUGAUGGAUAUCCUGAGUGUUUCCUAGAAAACCUGAAGAAGGAUACCUCCUUUGAGUUACGGAAGAUUGUUUUUAAAGUCAUGGUAACAGGCCGGGAGUUGCCAUGCUGGAUCAACACAGAGGAAACCUUGCAGUUGCCAAAUAAGUUGUUCCAGGAAGGCUAUGCCUGGAUUAAUCAGUGGAACUUUGAGUAUAGGUCUGGUGGAAAUCCUGUUGAGAAACUUCAAGCAAGUUUAGAUGUCUUUCUGAAAAAGUGGGCGCUGAUUUGUAAUGUAGAACCACAACAUGCUAGAGAACGGGUUUGUGAAAUCAUGUUAAAGAGCGAAGAGAUGGAGGAAAGAAUAUGUGAAGCCGUGAAGUUCCUGAUGUUAUGCAAAGCCAUUCAGAUGUAUAACAGAAUGGGGGAUGGAGAAGACGUGCCUGUUUUCUGCACUGUGCUUUUUGCGAGGAGCACAUCUCGCCACCCCUAUCACUUCAUGAUUAAUCAUCUCAACAUCCUGGGAUUAGACAGCAGACUGAAGCAGAUGGAAGUGGAGCUGCUUCUAUACACCUUAUUCAGUUGACCUGCAGACAUUAAAAUGAAUUAUAUUUAAAGCUGCCAGCACAAUGUUUACAGGUCAUGGAGGUACAACUUUGGUAAAUUGUUUAAAUAAAUAUUGUGUGACACAGUAUAAACCACAUAUGUCCUCCUAUUUUUAGCUCACGGUUUAAAUUCAAAAUUCUCUAACUAAGAAAUGGCGACCCCCUACAGCAAUAUUAGAUACAGAUAUCAUCUUUGAUUUAUUCACAAACGACUUUUAAAUGAAUUACAUUUUCCACAUGAUUUAUAAAACUUUAAACAUGUUGUAGUGUUGUCCUUGGCAGUCCUUAGUCAAAAACCUAUUUUUGAAGGUAAAAUGAAGAGAAAUUGUCACUCAGCUUACAUAAUAAUUUGAUCCUAUUUGAGUAAGCAGCCUAAGUAAGGCUAUCAGUUAACACACUCCUCAUUCUGUUAUACUGUUCUCCUAGAAAAAGGAGAACAUUUCGGGGGACAAUAUUUAGUAAGUAAGGGUGAGUGAGGCAAAAUGGGCACUAAAAUCCAAACCCCCAUUCUGUAAGAAAUUGUAAAGUAAUUUCCUUAAUUUUGGUAACAUUUCUACAUCUUUACAGCAUGUUUAUUCAUUUUACCAAUUUUGAUUUUUGUGUAUAUAAAUAUGAAAUACUUUCAGUUUCUGUAAAAAAAAAAAAAAAAAAAAAAGUGCUUGGAAGCCUGUUUAAAAAUCCAGUAGAUUUCUGCUUCUUUUUAUAUAUUUCUUUGUUUCCUUAUCUUUGUGCGUAAAUAUUAAAAACAUAGACAUAAAUCAUGUGCCACAAAAAUCAAUAGUUAUAAUCUACACAGUUUAUACAGUGAUUUUAAUACAGAAGAAAUAUGUCAAUGGCUGUAUGUAAAAUACAGCUUAUCAGUGUCGGCAGCCUUUAAAAUAUUUGUAAACAACAUACUGCAUUAACUUACCUAAAUACAGUAUGAUGUGAUUUCUGUUGUUUUUUUAUUUUUUAAAUACAGUCAAUAGAUAACAGACCAGUAGUGCUAAAGAUAAAAUACUGGUAUAUGUUGUAGAUAAACACUGAGUUAUUGCAGCAGUCUAGCACAAAUGGAUGUGGUGUAGCUGAUGUAGCCUUUGUACAGUUAAAUAUAUAGAGCACUGUGAGUUCAUGCCAGCCUGGUUUACUGAUACCUUACAAUGUUGUAAAAUACAUAAGUGUAGAAAUUCUCAUAGGGCAUCUUUACUCCUCGGUUGAGUAACGUGUGUCAUGUUACUAUAUCAGUUAGAUUAUAUAAGCACUUUGUAUAGCAGUAUGUAUAUUAUAAAUAUGUUCUCUAUAUUCCUAACAUGGAAUUUGUACAGCCUUUUAUUGAAAAUAAAAGUUUUGGUUGUUG